AUGUCUGAAUACGGUGAUACAAUAAUAUAUCCAAGUGGCUUUUCUCCCGCUAGUUAUGGAGAUCAGCAACAGCAACAACCAUUUGCUUACCAAUACUAUCAAUUUAACAACUUACCACCACAGCAACAGCAAUACAAUGCUGCACCAAAUCAGUUCAAUAUGGUGCCGCCACCGCCAGUGCCAAAUAAUAACGAACAAACUGCUGAAAAAAUAGAAGAUAAAGCACGCAAGUGGCAGCAAAUGCAAACAAAACGAUAUGGUGAAAGAAGAAAAUUUGGUUAUAUAGAACAUGAGAAGGCUAAUAUGCCGCCAGAGCAUAUUCGUAAAAUUAUUAAGGAUCAUGGAGACAUGUCGAGUAAGAAAUAUCGACACGAUAAACGAAUUUAUUUGGGUGCUUUGAAGUAUGUGCCGCAUGCUGUGCUAAAAUUGCUGGAAAAUAUGCCAAUGCCUUGGGAACAGGUUCGUGAAGUUCCAGUUUUAUAUCAUAUUACGGGGGCGAUAACAUUCGUCAAUGAAAUUCCAUGGGUCAUAGAACCAGUCUACAUAGCACAAUGGGGAACAAUGUGGAUUAUGAUGCGUCGCGAGAAACGUGACAGACGUCACUUUAAGCGUAUGCGAUUUCCGCCUUUCGACGACGAAGAACCUGCGCUAGACUACGGUGACAAUAUUCUAGAUGUUGAGCCAUUAGAAGCGAUUCAAAUGGAACUAGAAGAAGACGAGGACAAACCGGUCUACGAAUGGUUUUACGAUCAUAGACCGCUCACAGAAACAAAAAGUGUAAAUGGACCUACUUAUCGCCGUUGGAAACUGAAUUUGCCUAUAAUGUCGACAUUAUAUCGUCUGGCACAUCAAUUAUUGUCAGAUUUGACUGAUCAAAAUUAUUUCUAUCUGUUCGAUAUGAAAUCUUUCUUCACUGCUAAAGCACUAAAUAUGGCCAUUCCUGGCGGACCUAAGUUUGAACCGCUGUAUCGAGAUAUGGAUACCGCCGAUGAUGAUUGGAACGAAUUCAAUGAUAUCAACAAAAUUAUUAUUCGUCAGCCAAUUCGUACAGAAUAUAAAAUAGCAUUUCCAUUUCUGUACAAUUCUCUUCCGCGCUCUGUACACGUGUCUUGGUAUCAUGAACCCACAGUGGUGUACAUUCGCUCAGAAGAUCCAGAUCUACCUGCAUUUUACUACGAUCCAAUUAUCAAUCCAAUUUCUACACGAACUGUAGCCUCACAAAAUGAAGCUGGAUCACAUGAAGACGAAAUUUUCGGUGAUGGUGAUGUUGACGAAGAAUUCUCUUUGCCUGAACAUGUGAAGCCAUUCCUAGAAGACAUUCCAAUAUACACAGAUACUACGGCUGAUGGUAUUGCUUUGUGGUGGGCACCACAUCCAUUCAACAAACGUAGUGGGCGCACUCGAAGAGCUGAAGACGUGCCUUUAGUCAAGAAUUGGUAUCUUGAACAUUGUCCACCCGGACAACCUGUUAAAGUUAGAGUCUCUUAUCAGAAGUUAAUAAAAUGUUUUGUACUUAACGCGUUGAAACAUCGGCCACCAAAAGCACUCAACAAAAAAUACUUGUUCCGUCAACUUAAAUCGACAAAGUUUUUUCAAACUACUGAACUUGACUGGGUUGAAGCCGGUUUGCAAGUAUGCCGCCAAGGAUACAAUAUGUUGAAUCUAUUGAUUCAUCGAAAGAAUUUGAAUUAUCUUCAUUUGGAUUUCAAUUUUAACUUGAAACCAGUAAAGACCUUGACUACAAAAGAAAGAAAGAAAUCGCGAUUCGGUAAUGCAUUUCAUUUAUGUCGAGAAAUCCUCCGCUUAAUGAAAUUAAUAGUUGACAGUCAUGUGCAAUACCGUUUGGGUAAUGUGGAUGCUUUUCAAUUGGCUGACGGGUUACAAUAUGUAUUUGCUCACGUGGGACAACUUACCGGAAUGUAUCGAUAUAAAUAUCGUCUAAUGAGACAAAUUCGUCUUUGCAAGGAUCUUAAGCAUCUCAUUUAUUAUCGAUUUAAUUCAGGCCCUGUUGGAAAAGGACCAGGAUGUGGAUUCUGGGCGCCAGGAUGGCGAGUUUGGCUGUUCUUUAUGCGUGGUAUUGUUCCUCUUUUGGAACGAUGGCUUGGGAAUCUGUUGGCACGUCAUUUCGAAGGUCGUCACUCAAAGGGGAUCGCUAAAACGGUAACAAAGCAACGUGUUGAAUCACAUUAUGAUCUCGAGUUACGUGCUGCAGUUAUGCAUGAUAUUCUUGAUAUGAUGCCCGAAGGUAUCAAAGCUAAUAAAUCAAAGACAAUCUUACAACAUUUGAGUGAAGCCUGGAGAUGUUGGAAAGCUAAUGUCCCAUGGCAUAUUAUGGGAAUGCCAAAACCCAUUGAAAAUAUGAUUUUGAGAUAUGUAAAGAGUAAAGCAGAUUGGUGGACAAGUGUGGCACAUUAUAAUCGUGAAAGAAUUCGAAGAGGUGCAACCGUAGAUAAGACAGUCUGUAAAAAGAAUCUUGGUCGUUUGACUCGUCUUUGGCUAAAAGCUGAACAAGAACGUCAACAUAAUUACUUGAAGGAUGGACCAUAUAUUACUGCAGAAGAGGCUGUUGCCAUUUAUACUUCAACGGUGCAUUGGCUGGAAAGUCGUAAAUUUUCGCCGAUUCCAUUCCCUCCGCUAUCCUAUAAACAUGAUACGAAAUUGCUGAUUUUGGCAUUAGAAAGACUAAAAGAAGCAUACAGUGUUAAAGGCAGAUUAAAUCAGAGUCAACGUGAAGAAUUGGGUUUAAUUGAACAAGCAUAUGAUAAUCCGCACGAGGCAUUAAGCAGAAUCAAACGUCUGUUGCUUACCCAACGUGCAUUCAAAGAAGUCGGAAUCGAAUUUAUGGAUCUCUACAGCCAUCUAAUUCCAGUAUUUGACGUUGAACCCCUUGAAAAGAUUACCGAUGCCUAUCUCGAUCAAUAUCUCUGGUAUGAAGGAACCAAACGAAACCUUUUCCCGGCAUGGAUUAAGCCAUCGGACACUGAACCACCGCCAUUGCUUGUCUACAAAUUCUGUCAAGGAAUUAACAAUUUGACGGAUGUUUGGGAAACUUCAGAGGGAGAAUGUAAUGUCAUGUUGGAAACUCAAUUCAGCAAAGUAUACGAAAAAAUUGAUUUGACUUUGUUGAAUAGAUUAUUACGGUUGAUUUUAGAUCAUAAUCUUGCUGAUUAUAUGACUGCUAAGAAUAACGUAGUUUUGAACUAUAAAGACAUGAAUCACGUCAACGCAUAUGGACUUAUUAGGGGAUUACAAUUUGCCAGUUUCAUAUUCCAAUACUACGGUUUAAUUCUCGAUUUGCUUGUGCUGGGCUUACAACGUGCUUCAGAAAUGGCUGGGCCACCACAAGUGCCCAACGAUUUCUUGCAGUUUCGCGACGUUGCAACUGAAACUCGUCACCCCAUCCGUCUCUAUUGUCGUUACAUUGACAAAAUACAUAUAUUCUUCCGUUUCACUGCAGACGAAGCUCGUGAUCUCAUUCAACGUUACUUGACUGAACAUCCUGAUCCCAACUCGGAAAAUAUUGUCGGCUAUAAUAAUAAGAAAUGUUGGCCUAGAGAUUGUAGAAUGCGAUUAAUGAAAAGCGAUGUGAAUCUGGGUCGUGCGGUUUUCUGGGAUAUUAAAAAUCGAUUACCUCGUUCUCUAACGACCAUCGAUUGGGAUGAUAGUUUUGUUAGUGUUUACAGUAAAGAUAAUCCAAAUCUUUUGUUCUCUAUGUGCGGAUUUGAAGUAAGAAUUUUACCAAAGAUUCGUAAUUUAAAUGAAGAGUUCACACUUAAAGACGGUGUAUGGAAUCUAAUUAACGAACAAAGUAAAGAACGAACUGCACAAGCUUUCCUCCGUGUUGACGAAGAGUCGAUGCAGAAAUUCCAUAAUCGAGUUCGACAAAUUUUAAUGGCUAGUGGAAGCACAACAUUUAGUAAAAUCAGUAAUAAAUGGAAUACUUGCCUUAUCGGUUUGAUGUCAUACUUUAGAGAGGCUGUUGUACAUACUCGAGAACUACUUGAUAUUAUUGUAAAAGCAGAAAAUAAGAUUCAGACUAGAAUUAAAAUAGGUCUCAAUUCUAAAAUGCCUUCACGUUUCCCGCCGGUUGUAUUUUAUUGUCCUAAAGAACUUGGUGGUCUCGGAAUGUUGUCUAUGGGCCACGUGCUCAUUCCACAAUCUGACCUUCGUUGGUCUAAGCAGACAGAAACAGGAAUAACUCAUUUCCGGUCUGGUAUGGGCCACGAAGAAGAUCAAUUGAUUCCCAAUUUAUUCCGCUACUUACAGCCAUGGGAAUCAGAGUUUAUUGAUUCACAACGUGUCUGGGCUGAAUAUGCACUCAAAAGACAAGAAGCAAAUGCUCAAAACAGACGAUUGACGCUGGAAGAUCUCGAAGAUUCUUGGGACCGUGGUCUUCCACGUAUUAAUACACUAUUCUCAAAAGAUCGACAUACACUUGCAUACGACAAAGGUUGGCGCGUAAGAACAGAUUUCAAACAAUAUCAAGUGCUAAAAAAUAAUCCUUUCUGGUGGACUCAUUCUCGCCACGACGGUAAAUUAUGGUCAUUGAAUAAUUAUCGUACAGAUAUGAUUCAGGCUCUUGGUGGUGUAGAGGGAAUCUUGGAGCAUUCACUCUUUAAAGGAACCUUCUUCGCUACAUGGGAAGGAUUGUUCUGGGAAAAGGCCAGUGGAUUUGAAGAGAGUAUGAAAUACAAGAAAUUGACCAAUGCUCAACGUUCGGGUCUCAAUCAAAUUCCUAAUCGUCGGUUCACACUUUGGUGGUCACCUACAAUUAAUCGCGCCAAUGUCUACGUUGGUUUCCAAGUGCAACUCGAUCUGACUGGUAUCUUUAUGCACGGCAAAAUUCCAACUCUCAAAAUCAGUUUAAUUCAAAUAUUCAGAGCUCACUUGUGGCAGAAAAUACACGAAUCAUGCGUUAUGGAUUUAUGUCAAGUAUUUGAUUCCGAAUUAGAAAGCUUACAAAUAGAAACAGUACAAAAGGAAACUAUCCAUCCAAGAAAAUCGUACAAGAUGACAUCAUCUUGUGCUGAUAUUCUAUUGUUUGCUGCCUACAAGUGGAAUGUAUCAAAACCAUCUUUACUCAAUGAUAAUAAAGAUACCAUGGACGGAACAACUACGGCACGAUGGUUCGUGGAUGUUCAAUUAAGAUGGGGUGAUUUCGAUUCACACGAUAUCGAGCGAUACACAAGAGCUAAAUUCUUGGAUUACACCACUGAUAACAUGAGUAUUUAUCCAUCACCAUUUGGUGUGAUGGUUGGUAUUGAUCUGGCAUAUAACUUGCAUAGCGCCUAUGGUCACUGGAUACCCGGCAUGAAACCAUUAAUGCAGUCUGCGAUGGCAAAAAUAAUGAAAGCAAACCCUGCAUUAUACGUAUUACGUGAGCGUAUACGUAAAGGUUUGCAAUUGUACUCUUCAGAACCUACCGAACCAUAUUUGUCAUCACAGAAUUAUGCCGAACUGUUCUCCAAUCAAAUCAUCUGGUUCGUUGAUGACACUAACGUGUAUCGAGUGACAAUUCACAAGACAUUCGAGGGCAAUUUAACAACCAAACCAAUUAACGGAGCUAUUUUCAUCUUCAAUCCACGUACCGGUCAAUUAUUCUUAAAAAUCAUUCACACGUCAGUCUGGGCUGGUCAGAAACGUCUUGGCCAAUUGGCUAAGUGGAAGACGGCUGAAGAAGUCGCUGCGUUGAUUCGUUCGUUGCCGAUUGAAGAACAACCCAAACAAAUUAUUGUGACAAGAAAAGGAAUGUUGGAUCCUUUGGAGGUUCAUUUACUCGAUUUUCCGAAUAUUGUUAUCAAGGGCAGUGAACUACAAUUGCCAUUCCAAGCGUGUCUUAAACUUGAAAAAUUUGGAGAUUUGAUUCUUAAAGCAACCGAACCUCAAAUGACACUCUUCAAUCUUUUCGACGACUGGCUUAAAACCAUUUCAUCAUACACCGCCUUUUCACGUCUUAUUCUCAUACUACGAGCUCUGCACGUCAACACAGACAAAACAAAAAUGAUUCUGCGUCCAGACAAGAAUACAAUCACUGAACCGCAUCACAUUUGGCCCACAUUAACCGACGAAGAAUGGAUAAAAGUAGAAAAUGCACUAAGAGAUUUGAUUUUGGCUGAUUACGGUAAAAAGAACAAUGUAAAUGUUGCUUCCCUAACUCAAUCCGAAAUACGUGAUAUUAUUCUCGGUAUGGAGAUUUCGGCACCGUCGCUUCAACGUCAACAAAUUGCCGAAAUUGAAAAACAAACAAAAGAACAAUCGCAAUUGACUGCUGUCACAACAAAAACACAAAAUAUUCAUGGUGAUGAAAUGAUCGUCACUACCACAAGUAAUUAUGAGACUCAGACAUUCUCAUCGAAAACAGAAUGGCGUAUACGUGCUAUAUCAUCUACAAAUUUGCAUCUACGUACAAAUCACAUAUACGUCAAUGCAGACGAUAUAAGAGAUACCGGAUAUACUUAUGUAUUACCAAAGAACGUACUCAAACGAUUCAUUCAAAUUGCUGACCUUCGUACGCAAAUUGCUGCAUAUAUGUAUGGUGUUUCUCCAAAAGACAACGCACAAGUCAAAGAAAUUAGAUCAUUGGUGAUAGUCCCGCAAUAUGGUACUCACCAAUCAGUACAAUUACCGAAUGCACUUCCAAAUCACGAGUAUCUACAAGACCUAGAACCACUCGGUCUACUUGUAACUCAACCAUUUGAGACGGCACAACUAUCUCCAACAAUACUCUCACUUCACGCGAGAAUCGUCGCCGAAAACAAGGCAUAUUGGGACGCUGACAAGACAAUCUCAAUGACUGUCAGUUUCACACCCGGCUCCUGCUCAUUGACAGCCUACAAAUUAACACCGUCCGGUUUCGAAUGGGCACGAAGUAACAAAGAUAAUACGCCAAAUCCACCAGGUUACCUUCCUACAUUUGCCGAGAAAGUGCAAAUGUUGUUGUCGGAUCGGUUUAUGGGUUAUUUCAUGGUUCCCGAGAAUGAUGUUUGGAAUUACUCGUUUAUGGGCCCAUCACAUAGCCCGACAAUGACCUAUAAAUUGAAACUUGAUGUACCUAAAGAAUUUUAUCACGAACUACAUCGACCGCAACAUUUCCUUAAUUUCAGCGCAAUGGAGGAAGAAGUCGAGGCAGAUCGUGAAGAUGUAUUUGCUUAA